UUGCAAUAAACUAGAAGCUGUUCGUCGGGCCCGCGGAAAUGGGCGAGCAUAAUCUCCUUAAUCCUGGGUUUGUGGGACCUUUGGUAAACAUCCACACGGGAGACACUUUUUACUUUCCGAAUUUUAGAGCAUCCGGCGGACAACUGGCGGGGCUACCUUCUCUCUCCUACCCAAGAAGGGACAAUGUGUGCUCCCUCCCGUGGAAUCCAACGGAGCACUGCAAUGGAUACCCUCAAUCUUACUUUGGAAGCCCGGUCCCCAUUAACCCUUCUUUCAACCGUUCGUGUGAAAUUACCCGGCAGGACGACGGCAAAUGCUACUACGGCAACGGCAGCAUCAACAGGGAGAACUGUUCGGAGAGCGCCGGCCUUAAACGAGAGGACAGGGCAAGGGACGCUUCCUCCAUGUCGUCCGAGCACGGACUUCACAGCGCGAUGGAAAACAGUGGUACCUUUUCUAAAUAUGACUAUGGGGCCCAGCAGCUGACCCAAGACCCACCAUCAUGUCAGUCCCUUGAAUCCGACUCCAGCUCGUCGCUGCUCAAUGAAGGUGGCAAGACCCCCGCCAGCGACGCACAGACUCUGGCGUCGCCGGGAAACCACGCAGGCAGCAUGGCUGCAGGAGGUGCCCCGUGGUACCCGAUCCACACCCGGACCCGCAAGAAACGCAAACCCUACUCCAAACUCCAACUAGCUGAGCUGGAGGGCGAAUUCAUGCUCAACGAAUUCAUCACGAGACAGCGACGGAGGGAGUUAUCCGACCGCCUCAAUCUUAGUGACCAACAGGUUAAAAUCUGGUUCCAGAACCGGCGAAUGAAGAAGAAAAGAUUGUUGCUAAGGGAACAAGCCUUAUCCUUCUUUUAGAGAGCAAAAAAUCGGAAUCAAUUAGCUAAUAUUAUAGCCUGCAUCUAUUGAUCAAAUGUAGCCUUCUGUUAAUAAAUAGCCUUCCUUAAUAACGUAUCACGAAGCAUGCACACAGAGAUCCACUGGAGAUCAAAGGCUAUAUACAACAUGAUAAAAAUGGAACACAUGGGUUCGUAAAGCGCCACAUUCAACAGCACAGUUGACCAAAUACCAGCACAUAAGGUUUGUUAUCGGUUCUGUACAGUCUGUUGGAAGCAGUGGACUGAAUCCUCACUGCGGGCGACAUCCAAAUGCGAAACGGUUCGCAACCGUACAGUUACCAAAAUGACGCCCCCCCCCCCCCAACACACACACACACACACACGCACGAACACACACAAACCCACACACAACAAACAAUAUUACUCUCUGAAUGGAUUUUCACUCUCAUGUUCGGAGAGUGAAAAGUAGCAGCCCAGCCUUGCCCGUUAAAUUACUGCAAUUUCGUUCUUUUAUUAUCCUUAAUAUGUCUUUAUUGCCGCAUCUUUUUAAAAUAUAGGCCCUUCUUUGAACCUGUAGGAUUUUGGCCAACUGCUUUACAUUAGGCCUUCUUUAUCGGAAUUAUUUAUUGUGUAGUUAUCAAUUAUUUUGCAUGCUGUCUAAUAGUGUUGUGCACAGUGAAGAAAAUCAUAAGAAAGAAGCCGGAAGCCCAGAACCAGCUUUGAGGUGAAAAGUAAAUCCGACGAUGGUUGCACGAGAAGCGAUACAACACGAUAUACAAUAAAAUACAACUUUACUUCAACAAUUCCAUUCAAGACUUUUGGCCACACGAUGUUGUUUUUAUUUGUUGCUGCUCUGUUGUUGUGUGAAUACGGAACAUUUGCAAUGCUUUAAUGCCUCCACCAAGUGUUUUCUGGAACGGGAGGGGACACAAUUAAACUUAUCUCAGAGCCGCAAUUACCGCCACGUGCGCUGGGGGGGCACGUUCACGGUCAUGGACAGGCCAUGCACGAGUCUCAGUCCCCUCGGCUGUUUUAAUAUGGCCUGGCUUUUCAAAGAAUGUGUUAACUGGCGACUGUCAAAAGGUGCUCGCCGUCUGAAAUAUAUAUCGUCCUCGUCGCCAACACCCCAAUGCAGUGUUUUAAAGUAUUGGGGUUGAUGGGGGGUCGUGUUCCCUGCUGCUGUUUUCCUAUAAGAUAUCACCAGUUAAGUCCCGACUUUGUGUAAAUUAAUAGUUGUGUUAUAACACAAAUAUUUAACUGGGGUCGUUUAUUGCAACAAUAAAGAAGACUAUAUUGGUCUUAAAAUGCAUGUCUCUCAACCAACUUCAUAAUCUAUGAAUAGUUUGUUAGCCUAUUCGUAAUGCUGCGGGGAUGCUGUGCAAUUCGAGGAUAUCAGCGGUGGAGGCAGAUACAUCAGUCAUACAAA